AUGGACAAGCAGCAGGACAGACAGAUGAGAGUGAGGGGUAAUCAAAGGGAAAAAGACGUGAGAGACAGGUCUAGAUGGGCAGCACCAGUGGUCAGUCCGAGAGUGAUCCCUCGCUCCCUCUUCCCUCCCAAAAUCAGGGACAGGGAUUCUGCUGCCAGGAGCCCUUCCCAGAGCCCCGACCGCGCUCCCUCUCCUCCAGAGGGCACCAGUGGAAUCCCUAAAAAGGAAUUCCAACCAUUCCAGUGCCAACCCAUCCCAUUCCCGUGGGAUGCUGAGGAUGGACCCCCCCGCCCCAUCUCUCCUCCCCGGGCAGGACUGGAGGCAUCUCGGGGUGAGUUUACAGAGUUUAUUCGCUCGCUCGCACGCACUCGGGGGCGUCCCAGAAAAACCCAGUGCGCCCAAAGCCGCGGCCGGAGCGCGGGGAGAGCACGGGGUAACAGCUCGCUAGAAGGCAGUCCCUGGGAGCCCCGGCGCCGCGUACAGCUAAGUGCCAGCUCGAGUAUUCACAACACAGUAACGUACUGCAAGGAGUCGCUGAGGAGAAGUUCCCUUGAGAAACAACCUUCGCUCCGGCCGCGCCGGAGCCUGUCCGUGUCUGUCUGUCCCGUCCG